AUCCGAAAAAAAUGAAGCGUUUGCUGACAGCCAUAUUCGGAGGCACGGCGACUGCUCUCUUUGCAAACAUUGCCGCUCAGUUUACUCAAUCAUAUGUCACUCAUAAAUAGAAAUCGGUGUUUGCAAAGUCCGUGACAGAACAUUAAAACGUUUACAUUUAUUUUCCUGUGAUUUUGUUAUGGAAAAAGGUUCUGAUAUUUAUACACAGCAUAAAGAGUUACCAACGAUGCCAUAUUGUUGAAUAAGUGCAAAUGAGUGUUAAAAUAAAUGUGAACAUUUAUUGCAGUAGCAUCUGCAGUGUACAUCAGCAAAAUAAUGCUCCCUUGCAUUAAGUGGUAGUGAUGUGAGGUUCCUCUCCAUGCAGCCGAAUGCGGCAGUGGGCGGAGUGUGUCAGCAAUGGGGUCUCUUUAGCUCUUCUGUAUCAGAUGAAAAAUGUACACAAUUUACUAUUACACAGUUUACGAAUGUGAUUUAAAUAAUGCCUGUCUCUCCUACCAUGUCGUAUUUUAACAAGCCAAAAACUGGAGAGCCUUUUGAAGAGGGACAGAUAAACACCGAAGAUGACUCUGCGACAGAACGAUCGCCUUCCGCGAAUCAGGACUCUGACUCUGAGGAGAUGCUCAAAGACAACCUGCUGGCCUCCCAGUACCUAAAGGGAAGGAGCCCUGCUGAAUGGGAGUUGCUGCUCCAGAGGAGGCUGGAGGCUUUACAGGAGGCCCACAGGCAGCAACUGCAGGAGACGGGCCUGCUGCUCUGCCAGGAACUGGAGAGGAGGAUUCUGCAUGACUCAAUGGUGGCGGCAGGAAACGAGAGAAAGGCCAAAGUAAACGAUCAGCUCUGCUCCUCUGACAGCCGGCACGAUGUCAACAGAGAUCCUAACUGCAGGGCCCCAAGGCAUGAAGGUCCACGGAGAUCUAGUUCUUUGUCUGAUUUAAACUCAGCAAAGGAAGCUGAUUCAGUGGCUCCUACACAACGACAAAUAAGCCGGAGACCUUUUACUGCUUCGACAGCCAGGCCUCAGGGUACAACUGUGCCCAAGCCCUUCCGCAUGACUCUCAGGGAAACUCAGAGAAGAUCUGAGCUUCUUCAGACCGGAGUCCCCCCAGAUGCAGAAAAGUUGCUGGAGAACAAGAGGCAGAUGGAGGAGAUGGAGUGUCAGAAGAAGUUCCACGCUCUUCCUGUACCGGACCACGUGUUCCUGCCGCUUUACCACAACAUCACAGAGGUGCGGGAGCAAGCUCGAAAAGCCAGCAUGGCACAGAGGCGGCACGUCCUGCUGUCCACGCAAAAACCAUUCAGCUUCCUCCUAAGAGAGGAGAAGAAGAGAGAGGAGAAGAUAUCUGCAGAAGCAAAAGGAGAUACCAAAGGCACAAGUUCCAGCAAAGUUAGGUGGGCGAUACCAAAAGCAGCCAUGGACCCUGGAGUCAGUAAGCGUUUGAUAGAGGAGGAACUGCACAGAAAGAUCCGUAUUCAGAUAAGGGCACAGGACAUGCUGAGGAGCUCCAUGGCUCCCAUAGAGGUGCGGCCCGACACCCGGGAUCCGGAGACGUGCUCCGCGCAGCGCACAAAGAAGACAGUGCUUGGCUUCCUGAAUGAGAAACCCACCUUCCAGCCUCGGACCAAUCUCAGGGUGCCCGACUUUGACCGGCUGCAUAGGACCUUCCAGAAGGAGGCCUUGAGGAGGGCCGAGAAGAAGGAUGUGACCAGGUGUCAACCUUUCCAGCUGCGCACGUCGGCAUUGCCACCGCGGCAGAACCAGAGGAGCCAUGAGGAGCCAGAAGUAUCUUCCAGCAAAAACCCAAUUAGGAGAAGUAAUUCCUUCAGUGGUAUCACCUCACUGUCUUCAGACACUCUCCCAACAUACAUUACGGAUGCAGUAAGGAAAAGAUGCAGUGCAAUCAGGAAGUCUUUAGAAGAGAAGGAAAGCAAGGAGUGGAGGAGUGCGGCGUGGAUGAAUGAGCACAGGAUGAAGUCACAGGCCAUGAAGAAAAUGGUGUGCACUCGGGCCAGGGCCAUGGACCCCCACCGGAGCCUGAAGGAGGUGUUCCAGGAGAAGUUGAAGCAGCACCGGGAGAUGGACAAUCAGAGAAUGAAGGAGUACAGGAAGGAGCUGGAGGAGAUGAAGACUCGGGUUAAAGGUCGCCCUUAUCUUUUUGAACAGAUUACACAGAAAAAUGCUAAGUGUGAUGCAGAGAAGCGAUACAGAGACACGCUCCUGCAGGCAGGAUUGGACGAGCAGUUUGUAAGGACCAAAGGGGAGGAGGCCGGGGACGAGACCUCGUUGUUGUCCCAUGAAGAGGGCGACAGCAUUGACGAUGGUCCCCAGUACAGGAAGGACACAAAAGAAACAACAGAUGCUGAAGAGGAAGAAAAUGAAGAAAGUACACAAAGCCACGAGUAAAGAAAAAUGCAGCGACUGCAGUGUUUGAGUGAAGCUUUAUAAAUGUUGACACCGCAUUUAACUGCUGUACGUCUGUGAUGCAAGACAUCAAUACUAAAAAUAGUGCUAUAGAAAGUUAAGAUUAAGAUAGAGAUCUCUGCAAAGUAUAAAAAAGAUGUCUACCAUUUAAAGACCUUUUUUUUAACAAGUCACUAAGAAUAUUGUAUACUUUGUUUUUUUGUUGGUCGGGACUGCAUGUUCUGUUUUUUUAAUAAAU